AUGCUCUUCACUCAUAUUCUCGCUUUAGGUAUUGUUGCCCUGGUAUUCGCUUGGGGUCUAACUCGUAGAUGUGUCUACCUUUUACCUUUGCUGCCUGGCCCUCGUCCAUUACCAUUUCUGGGUAACAUGCUGCAAUUGGAUACUAAACGACCUUGGCUCACAUAUACUGCAUGGGGAAAGACAUACAGAAAAAUUAUUCGCUCUAGCAUACUUGGCAUCAACUUGAUUGUCAUAAACUCUGAAGUUAUCGCACAGGAAUUGCUGGACAGGCGUUCUGCGAAGUACUCUACUCGCCCCAUUUUUCGCACCAAUGAAUUGUAUGUUUUCAUUCAAUCUGUUCUUCAUCAACUGAUUAUGCAGAUCUGGACUGGCUUUCAAUACUGCAUGACAGUCAAUCCUGUGACAGAUACACAACAUCAUUACUCAUGGCCGUCACAUACAGACACCUCAAUUGUGGACAGGAAUAUCCAUUUCUUACCCGCGCACACGAACUCGUUGAGGUUGGCAAAUAUAUUCUUUCUCCCAAGAGGGCUGCCAUUUUCACAGCCUUUCCUUUCCGUGAGUGCUUUUGUUGACGACGUAAUUUUGGGUGUUCAGCAUGAGGUUGCAGUCGAAAAGUUACUGUUUUGGUGCUUCGGUGGGGCAUUUUCCCAGAUGGGACGCUGUAGAGAAUUAUCACAACAACUUUUAAAUGAGCCCUUUAACGAGGUGAAGGCACAGAUAGUACGUUUGUGCAGAGUUAGGGACAUCAAUUUGCCUGAUCUGUUUGCAUGA